AUGGUAACAAAAAGAGAAGAUGAACUUGUACCGCCCCCCAAUGAAGGAGGCAAUAUUAAUUUUUAUUCAAUUCAGAAAAAAACGAAAAUAAAUCUCACGUUGAUAUAUGGGUCUGAAGGUAUUACUAGUUAUAAAGCAGCAAAAGAAUUUUUAAAUGAAUUAAUAAUUUUUUUUAAUGAUAUAUUAAAUCAUUUUAAUACUAUAAGUAUAAUAACUAAAGGAGAUAAAAAAAAUGACACAAUUUUUGAUGGAUCUAUAAAUAAUGAGAUAAAUAAUAUUGAAGAUUAUAUGUUGGAAUAUUUUCGAUCUAAAUUAUUGAAGACGAACAAAAAAAAUAAAGACAGAAAAUAUGGAAAAAAUUGUAAAAAUGAAAAAGAAAAUAUAACAAAUAAUGAAUCAUCAAAAUGUGAUAAUGAAGUAAAAGAUAUUUUUGAUAAUUUAAAAAAAUAUGAAAAAAAUAUGAUUAAAUGUGGUAAUACACAUUUUAAUAAUUAUUUAAAUUGUUUUAUAGAAAAUAAUAUUAGUGAAAUUCAUUUUGACUUUGUUAAUGGAAACGAAUUUGAUAGUUAUACCUUUUUUGAAAAUAGUGAAAAUAAUGAUUUAAAUAUUUUGUUUAUGUUUAUUAGUACAUAUAAUUUUGGAUCAUUCCCAGCAAAUUGUUAUAAAUUAGAAGAUACAUUAACUGAUUUAGUUAACGAUUUUCGAGUUGAAAAAAAUUAUUUAAAAAAUAUUUUUUAUAGUUGUGUUGGAUUUGGUAAUAAAGAGUAUGGGAGUAAAUAUUUUUGUACCCCUAUAAAAAAAUGCGAUAAAUUUUUAUCAUCUUUAGGAGCAAAUAAAUUAGAAAAAACAUUAAAAUUAUGUUCAACUAUGGAUAAUGAAGAAGAGUUUGUAAAUUGGAAAUCUAGCUUGUUAAAAAAAAUAUGUCUAUCUCUUUUUUUAUACAAUUUUAAUUACACCAAAUUUAGUAAUAACUUUUUUCACUACGCAAAUAGAAAAAAUUAUAAUACUUUGAAAUAUUACUGUACAUAUUUUUGCAAAAAAAGUGAGGAUGCAAAAAGUAUGCCAAUUAAUGAUGGUGAAAAUAAACAAACAACCAAGUCAGUAGACAAUAGUAAUAUUAAUAAAUGUGAUUGCAUAAACAAUGGUAUGCCCUCGGAACAUUUGAAUACGUCAAAAGAGUCAGUUAAUGGCCAUAUUUCAUUUUCUACAUCCCAAAAUGAUGGAAACAUCACUGAGAGAUGCGGAUGUAUUUCCAACAAUUGCUUGAAUGGAAAUGAUAAAUAUAUUAAUGACAAAAAAAUAAUAAAUAAUAAUUUUGAAACAUCGAUACCAAACGGAUGCUGUAAAAAUGAAUAUGAACAAGACGACAAAUUAGUUAAUAGUGAUUUUAGCAAUGAAUCUAUAAAUGAAAAUAAUGACGAAAUAAAUUGUAACAGUUCAGAAGAUUUAGAAGAUUUAUUAUCAAACAAAAUAAAAGAUAUGCUAACAGAUAACCAAAGAACAAAAUUAACAAAAGAAGGAUAUAAAAUAAUUGGGUCACAUAGUGCAGUAAAAUUAUGUCGAUGGACAAAAUCACAAAUAAGAGGUCGAGGAGGAUGCUAUAAACAUACAUUUUAUGGAAUAAAUUCCUAUCAAUGUAUGGAAGCCACUCCUAGUUUGGCUUGUGCAAAUAAAUGUGUUUUUUGUUGGAGACAUCAUAAAAAUCCAGUCGGAACAAAAUGGAGAUGGAAUAAAGAUGAAGCAGAUUUUAUAGUUGAUGAAGCUGUUAAAAAACAUAAAAAUAUGAUAAAAGAAUUAAAAGGGGUUCAUAAUAUAAUCAAUGAGAGAUUUGAAAAUGCUAAGAAUAUUAGACAUUGUGCAUUAUCACUUGUAGGGGAACCUAUUAUGUAUCCCGAUAUUAAUAAAUUAAUCGAUGAAUUACAUAAAAAAAAUAUUUCAACAUUUUUAGUAACAAAUGCCCAAUUUCCAAAUGAAUUAAAAAAAUUAAAAAAAGUUACACAACUUUAUAUUUCUAUUGAUGCACCAAAUAAAGAAGCUUUAAAAAAUAUAGAUAGACCAUUGUUCAAAGAUUAUUGGGAUAGAUAUCUUAAAUGCAUUAAAAUUUUAAAGGAAAAAAAAGAAAGAACUGUAUUUCGAUUUACAUUAGUAAAAGAAUAUAAUAUGAUGUCUGAUGAAAUAUCAAGUUAUGCUAAAUUAAUUGAAUAUGGAUAUCCCGAUUUUAUUGAAAUAAAAGCUGUUACAUAUUGUGGGUCGUCGGAAGGAUAUCAACUAACUAUGAAAAAUAUACCUUGGCAUGAAGAAGUUUAUCAAUUUGCAUUUCAUUUAGUAAAUUCGAAACGUUCUAUUUCUGAUAUAUACGAAAUUUCAUGUGAACAUAAACAUUCAUGUAGUAUUUUAAUAGCUAAAAAAAUUUUUAAAAUUAAUAAUAAAUGGCAUACAUGGAUAAAUUACGAAAAAUUUCAAUCACUUGUUAAACAAAAUGUAAAUUUUAGUGCUAUAGAUUAUUGUGCAGAAACACCAGAAUGGGCUGUAGUUGGAGCACCAGAAUGUGGAUUUAAUCCAAGCGAUCAAAGAGUAUAUACAAAAGGGAAAAACAAAAAGAAAAACAAUAUUAAUACUAUGGAAGUUAAAACAUAA